AGGAUUCGACGCUUAAAAUGUGACGAGACGAAGCCGGAAUGUAUGAGAUGCCUUCGAUUCGAGGGCCGCUGUAUUGGCUACCCGACACGCAAGGAAAAGCAAUCAUUAUUCCGACACAACCACGAUCGCAACAAUUCCAGCACUGCCUCUGGUAAAUCCGAUGCAUUGUGUCCGUACUACACAACUAGCAGCUUUACUUUAUGGGACACUGUUUUGCAAGGAUGUCAUAAGGAUGACUUCAUCCGUGAUGCUGUGAUCGCGGUUGGGGCUUUGAUAACAUGUAAUCGGAAACUGGUGAAGGAUAGAGAUGACAGACUAACGCGGGCACCAUACGAGUAUACCCCUCGCUACCAGUUUGCGCUCAAGCAAUAUGGACGCGCAGUGAAGAAGAUGGGGAUGGAGGUGUCGGGCGAGGAGCCAACAUUGCGAUCAGUUUUGAUUGGAUGUAUCCUUGUGGUCUGUUUCGAAGCAAUGUUUAGUAACCACGUUAAAGCUUUGACGCAUGCAGUUGGAGGGCACUCAAUCCUUCGGGGUUGGCUGAUUUCUCAAGAGCAUUCGACUUCUGACUUUUCAAAAAGUAAAGAGAUGGCAAAUCCAGCGGAGAGUGUCAUCGAAGGCGAACUAGUCCGAGCUAUCUCACGUCUGGACUUGCAGGUCGUGUCGCAUACAGUGGAUCCCCGACCUACACAAAUUCAUAAGGAGCUUCACGCAGAGGGGGCUGGAACACUCGAAAAUAUGCCCUCGAUUUUCUCAAGCUUGGGAGAGGCGAGGAUGUAUUUAGACUUGGUUCAGCGCCGCACCUGGCACUUCGUGUUGGUGGUAGAAGGUGGACAAUAUGCGGAAACUGGCAAGGUCAAAGUUGAGGUGCCAAUUGCCAAGCAAAUUGGGACUAUCACCCUGACAGACUGGGGCGAAGUCCAUGGGAUGUCAGAUGGGUAUCUCAUGCAUUCGGGUGAGAUAUCGCGAUGGCAAUCAGCGUUCCAGUCUCAGCUUUGUUCAUCGAAGUAUUGGAAAGCGGCGAUGCUGUUGCAGCUACAGGCCGAGACCACAAGAGUUGGUCUUCACGGUUCUCUGAACAGGACAGAAUGUGAUUGGGAUCGCUUCACCCCUGAUUUCCAACUGAUGAUAGCCCACGCAAAGCAAGUCUUCGACGAAGAGUUCCUCCGAGACUGGCAUGGAUUCGCAUUCGACGGCGGGGUAAUUAAACCUUUGUGGAUGAUUGCUUGCUACUGUCGGGAACCGGUGACACGGCGGGAUGCUAUUGCUCUGAUGAGAAAAGUGGCAGCCAAGGAAUUUGGGAUGCUUUAG